AAGAUGGCGAACAAAUUGGCAGCAUUUAUGUGUAGAAGUUGUAAUCGCUUAUGGAGUUCUUUUAGUCUUCAAAAUCUCCCAUUUAGGCUAACAUUUGGAACAUUACAGAUACAAAGAAAUUUAUGCAGCAAAGCAACAGAUGCAAAGGAACAAAUAGAUAGAGAGGAACACCUUGAUCCACCUGCACAUUUAUUGCAGAGCCGUGGAAUGGGAACUCCUGUACUCGAGGAACACAUACCAGUGCACCCUGAAGUGGCAGAGAUCCUAAGGAAGUCCAAAGGUCAACUAGUAGACGGCAAAUGGCACAAGCCUUUGUACAAUGCCAGAGCGUUAGCAGCUUUAAGAAAUGAAUAUAUAGCUAAAGGCUUCUAUUGGCCAGAGAGACCAAUGCGUGACAGGGGACUGGAUAGAACACCAAAAGGACACAAGCGAGCAAUUCGAAAGGAGGAAAGGCUAGCAAGAAUUGCGGAAAACAUGGCCAAGAUGCCAGAAAUUGUCGCCGAUUAUCGUGAAAGGAUGCGAGAAAAGAGAGCCAAAUUGAAAAAGGAAAAAGAGGAGGCAAGACUGCGGAAAAUUAAUGCGCAGAGGCUUGGUUACGAUGUAAGAGAUCCUCGAGCCCUAAUGGCGAUGAAAGGGGAACUUGCCGACUUAAAGCGGAAAAAUAGAUGGAAGAGGCCAAAGAAAGUGAAACUGGGAACAAUUGCGUAGAUGAAAAGUUAUUUGAGGUGUAUGAGUAAAGGGUUAUCUUUCCAGACAAUCUGCUUUUAUCAAUUGAGUCGAUAGAGCGCUUUUUGAUUGAGUGUCGUAAAAGCAAAAUCAAUGUAAUCACGACUGUCAAUCAUAGGCAAGAGAAUAACUGACUAGAGCGCGGGAAAACGCGGGCGACCAAGUCGUGAUUGCUUUCAGUUUUGCAUCUGAUUGGUUGAGGGAAUAGCGCAAGUUUUCUGGAACUAUCACAUAGCUAAGUAAAGCAAAACCAAUGCAAUGUCGGAUUACUUUCGACACUCAAUUGAAGAUUGCCAUCGUAAAGGGAUUCUUAAGCUGACGUUUUAGCGUAAUCGUUCUGACGAAGGGCUUGUAAUGCCCUCUACCGACGCAGCACCACAGUUUCUUGAGAAAUUCACUUCCUUUAUUUAUGUGUUAUCUCUCCAGUUGAGUUACAUCGACAUUAAGACUUAAUCUAUAGGCGCUAACCGUUAGUCGGAGCAGGCCGACGAGAUCGGUCGAUGAGAAUCCUGUAGGACUCCUUUCCCUAACUUUCAGAUGAAUUAUAUCUGAAAAGUGAAUGCAAUUAAAGAAUGGUAUGGUUA